AUGGGCGUCCUCUCCUACCUCCUGUUGGGCAUCACCCAUCCAUCCGAACUCCGCGCCAUGAUCGGAUACAAAGUGUGGCGCGACCCUCUCAACGACAUCAAGGCCAACCCGGAAGCAUCGGGUUGGGACCGCGAGCGCAUGCGAGACUGCUGGGGCUUCCUCGACCUCACCUCGCGUUCCUUCGCUGCCGUCAUCAAGGAGCUCAAGGGCGAGCUCUCCCGCGUCAUCUGCCUCUUCUACCUCGUCCUCCGAGCUCUCGACACGGUCGAAGACGACAUGACCAUCCCCGUCGAACGCAAGGUGCCCAUCCUCGUCGACUUCUACAAGUACCUCGAACAACCUGGCUGGAACUUCACAGAGAGCGGUCCCAACGAGAAGGACCGUCAGCUGCUCGUCGAGUUCGACAAGGUCAUUGCCGAGUAUCAGUUGCUCGAUCAGGGGUACAAGACCGUCAUCUCGGAUAUCACCGCAAAGAUGGGCGCCGGCAUGGCGAGCUACAUCGAGCUGAGCGCAAGAGGUCCGCUCAAAGUAGGAACGUGGAAGCAUUUCGACUUGUACUGCCAUUUCGUCGCCGGCUUGGUUGGAGAAGGUCUGUCCAGGCUGUUUAGCGAGAGCAAGUUGGAACGUCCUUGGUUGGGGCAUCAGUUGGAGCUCUCGAACCACAUGGGUCUGUUCUUGCAAAAGACCAACAUCAUCAGAGACUACGCCGAAGACUGCGAGGAGGGUCGUUUCUUCUGGCCUCAACAAUGCUGGGGCGACGACUACGCCAACUUCAAAUCGCAACCCGAAGUCGCCCAGGGCAUCGUCGAGACCAAACCGGGAUCCAACAAGUUCCGCCCCGUCCAAGGAGAGCUCGGUCAACGCAGCAUGUACGUGCUCUCCUCGAUGCUCCUCGACGCCAUGUCCCACGCCACCCACGCCCUCGACUACCUCGCCCUGCUCAAGGAGCAGUCCAUCUUCAACUUUUGCGCCAUCCCGCAAGUCAUGGCCAUCUCGACCCUCGAACUCAUGUUCAACAACCCGGACGUGUUCAAGAAGAACGUCAAGAUCCGCAAAGGUGUCGCCGUCGGGCUCAUCCUCAAAGCGGUCAAUCCACGCGAUGUGGCCUACACGUUCCUCUCGUAUUCGCGCAAGAUCCACGCGCGUCUCACGCCUGCCGAUCCCAACUUUGUCCGAUGGUCCAUCGAACUCGCCCGCAUCGAGCAGUGGUGCGAGACCUACUACCCGUCCUUCAUCGCCGCCGUCGCAGAGGGCAAACCGACAGAUGCCCGCGCCGCUGCGCUCCGAUCCUGGUCCGAAUCGCGUCGCACCCAAGCCCUCAUCCUCAAACACACCGGCACCACCAACCCCACCUCCCACGACGCCCAGCUCGCCCUCGCGAAAGCGAAAUCGAGCGCUGCCGAUCCAAGAGACCUCAUGACCGAAGACGAAAAGGCCGCACAGGAUAAGAAGGACAGGGAGGAGAUGAUCAAGUUCUUCGUCAUCAUGCUGGUGGGUAUGACGAGCUUCAUGUUCUUGGUGGCCUUGAUCACGUGGGAGAUCGUGUGGUACUGGACCAUGGAUACGCCCGAUCCGGUGAGCGUGUACGUCAAGCUCGCGUACUACAAGGUCAAGGAGGAGGGGUGGAACGAGGUCAAGGAGGUGCUCAGGACGGUGAGGUUGAGCUUGCAGCAUGUGUGGAAGCAUGGUCUGAAUUCGACCAACAAGUUGGAGCUUUGA